ACCUACCAAGGGUGGCCAGUUCGUCUCUAGCAGUCACUUGUCGAGCACGCCUUGACGCGUCGCUGCCUCACUCUGGCUCCUUGUGUUCACCGCUAUUGAAAAAAUAUAGAAGGUUCUGUUAACUCGGUGUUUGUGUGAAACUUAAUGUUAUGCUUUCAAAACGUGAUGAAUUAAACGUCCUGAUCAUCAGUUUCCGCUAAUUUAAAAGUGUAAAUAUGCAUAAUAAUAAUUAACGUUUUUGGAAACUCUUGAGAAAAUUUAAUUUGUUAUCAGUGAUAACCCAUCAACACAGACUAAACUAACAGGGAGACUGUGACGUCGGCCGGGGAAGAUAUAAGAGUCGUCACAGCAGGUGAAGGAGCGACUGAGGAAGCGAAGGGGGACCAAAGAUUUUUUAAAGAACGAAGGAAGCAGCUAGGGAAGAUGACCCAGUUAUCGGGGGCGCUGCGAAUGAUUCCUGCAGCGCUCCUGCGGCUGCUGGUGGCGUCCUUGCUGCGGGAGGCGGGCGACCAGCUCCACGACCAGUCCCACGACCUCUCACCGGCCUACGACUUUAUCAUUGUGGGCGGCGGGUCGGCUGGGAGCGUGAUGGCGGCGCGGCUGGCGGAGGUGGCGGAGUGGAAGGUGCUGCUGCUGGAGGCCGGCGGCCAGCAGCCUCCGGAGAGUCUGGUUCCAGCCCUCAACGUCGCCUUGUUCCAGAGCGACGUCGACUGGAACUUCCGUAGCACUCCUCAGAAAUACUCGCUUAAAGCCUUCAAAAAUAAUAGUAUACCAUACCCCCGGGGGCGCACGGCUGGCGGUUCCUCCUCUAUCAACUCCAUGAUCCACGUCCGUGGCAACCGGCGAGAUUUCGAUAAUUGGGAGGCGCUAGGCAACCCCGGCUGGCGCUAUGACAGCGUCCUCAAGUACUUCAAGAAAUCAGAGGACUUUAAAGGAGUGUUAAAUAGCGAAACAGAGAAAUACCACGGGCGUGGCGGACCCCUGACCGUAGAGAACAAGCGCUGGAACACUCCGGUAGCCUGGUCCUUCCUCAAGGCCGGCAAGCAACUCGGCUUUGACGUCAUAGACCCCAACGGUCCCGAACAAAUUGGCUUCUCCAUAAUUGACGUGACCAUGCGGAACGGGCGGCGAUGGUCGACGAACGACGGAUAUCUCAAGCCUGCAGCCCGGAUCAGUCCCAACCUGCACGUAGCCCUCAACGCCCACGUUGUCAAGAUACUGUUUAACGAGGAGAAGAGAGCGGUGGGUGUGAGUUUCGAGCAGGGAGGCAAGGUGCGUACAGUACAGGCGCUGAAGGAAGUGGUGUUGUCUGCUGGCGCUGUUGGCAGCCCACACCUGCUACUGCUGUCAGGUGUAGGACCUGCAGGACAUCUCCAUCAGCAUGGCAUUCCGGUUGUGGCGGAUGUGGCCGGGGUCGGCCAGAACCUGCAGGACCAUCCUGCCGUGGGUGGCCUGGUCUGGACCGUGAAAAAGGGCUCCUCCUUCAACUUCUUAAGACUCAUCAACCCGAAGAACAUCCACGACUUCCUCCGCAACGCCCAGGGUCCGGUCACAUCGCCAAUAGGAACAGAGGGGAACGCUUGGGUGCCAUCAGCAGUUGGUGACCCCUUAUGGCCUGAGAUCCAGCUGGCACUUGUCACUGGUACCCCGGCUCAGGACCGCGGCCUCCUCGCCCCGCAGCUUCUCGGCUACAAGGAUGAGGUGUACAAGGACUACUACGGAGACAUCCUGGGCGAGGAGGGCUUCACGCUGGUGCCAGUGUUGAACCGACCUCUGAGCAGGGGCAGCCUCACCCUCGCCUCCCCGCACCCACACCAUCACCCUCUCAUCAACCUCAACUUCUUCAGCCAUCCGGAUGACGUUACCACCUUGGUCAGAGAGUUUAUUCAUUUUAUUUCAGGUAUUAAACUGGCGCUGAAGGUCGGGGCGACUCCAGCAUUCACCGCCGACCACUCAGCCAAGUUUCAUGAUAAGGUGCUGAGUGGAUGCGCGCACGAGAAGGCGUACUCAGACGAGUACUGGGAGUGCUACGUGCGCCACAUGGCCACCACGGCCUACCACGCCGCCGGCACCUGCAGGAUGGGACCGCCCUCGGACCCCCUGGCCGUCGUCGACCACAGGCUCAGGCUGCGAGGCGUGUCUGGAGUGCGGGUGGUGGACACCUCCAUCAUGCCACUCGUGGUCUCCGCCAACACCAACGCCGCCACCAUCAUGAUCGCCGAGAAGGCCGCCGACCACGUCAAGCAGGACUGGGGCGUCCCCGGGUCAUAGAACUCAUGCCCGCCAUAUUUUUUUACGAUUGUUUACGAUUUAUUUUUGUGAUUGUAAUUUUUGCACCGUGUGUUUUUAUUGCUAAAACACAAGAUUUCCUAUUUAUACUUUGUUGUACCAGGGUUUGAUUGUCGCAGGAGGACAGAAACGUCAUGGAGAACGUUUCCUUCCAUCCGAUGUCUUUGUUUACCUAACUAAUUUUAAUUUGUAUCUUCAUAAAGGAAAUGUUCCCAACCAUUUCUGUCCCGCCCAGGAAUCCAACCUGAGAUCCCUGAUUGUGAGCCGAUGGCGAAGCCAAUUGUACUACGAGACCCGAGGGUUUUCCAAGUGUCGAAAUUAUGAGUUAAUGGCGAACAGAAAAUACCUGAAUUUCCUUGUCAGUGAUCAUACUAUCAUGCAAGAGGAGCCACACAUCUAUGGUUCAUCCAAUAAACAAGUAUCUC